GCGCGCAGAGCGCAGCGGAGCGAUGCCGGUGCGCCGGGGCCAUGUGGCCCCCCAAAACACCUACCUGGACACCAUCAUCCGCAAAUUUGAAGGACAAAACCGCAAGUUCCUCAUCGCCAACGCCCAGAUGGAGAACUGUGCCAUCAUCUACUGCAACGACGGCUUCUGCGAGAUGUUCGGGUACUCCCGCGUGGAGGUGAUGCAGCGCCCCUGCACCUGCGACUUCCUCACCGGCCCCGACACCACCAAGAGCUCCAUCGCCCAGCUCACCCAGGCCCUGCUCGGCUCCGAGGAGUGCAAGCUCGAGAUCCUCUACUACCGCAAAGACACCUCGUGUUUCCGCUGCCUGGUGGACGUGGUGCCGGUGAAGAACGAGGAAGGCGUCGUCAUCAUGUUCAUCCUCAACUUCGAGGACCUGGCCCAGCUCGUCGCCAAGAGCAGCGGCCGGAGCCUCCACCACCGCCUGUCGCAGACCUGGAGCAGAGAGGCUUCCCACGUCAAACCCAACCCCCCGAACUCCACCUCGGAUUCGGACCUCAUGAAGUACCGGACCAUCAGCCAGAUCCCCCAGUUCACCCUCAACUUCGUGGAGUUCAACCUGGAGAAGCACCGCUCGGGCUCCACCACGGAGAUCGAGAUCAUCGCUCCCCACAAGGUGAUGGAGCGCACCCAGAACGUCACCGAGAAGGUCACGCAGGUGCUGUCCCUGGGUGCCGAUGUCCUCCCUGAGUACAAGCUGCAGGCGCCGCGUAUCCACCGAUGGACCAUCCUGCACUACAGCCCCUUCAAGGCCGUGUGGGACUGGCUCAUCCUCCUGCUGGUCAUCUACACAGCCGUCUUCACCCCCUACUCGGCCGCCUUCCUGCUCAACGAGGAGCAGGUGGAGGAGAAGCGCUGGGACUGCAGCUACUCCUGCGACCCGCUCAACAUCAUCGACCUCAUCGUGGACAUCAUGUUCAUCGUGGACAUUGUCAUCAACUUCCGCACCACCUACGUCAACAUCAACGACGAGGUGGUGAGCCACCCCGGCAAGAUCGCCAUCCACUACUUCAAGGGGUGGUUCCUCAUCGACAUGGUGGCCGCCAUCCCCUUUGACCUGCUCAUCUUCCGCUCCGGCUCUGACGAGACCACCACCCUCAUAGGCCUCCUGAAGACCGCCCGGCUGCUGCGCCUGGUGCGCGUGGCCCGCAAGCUGGACCGCUACUCCGAGUACGGAGCAGCCGUGCUCUUCCUGCUCAUGUGCACCUUCGCCCUCAUCGCCCACUGGCUCGCCUGCAUCUGGUACGCCAUCGGCAACGUGGAGAGGCCCUACAUGGAGCACAAGAUCGGCUGGCUGGACAACCUGGGAGACCAGAUCGGCAAGCGCUACAACGACAGCGACCUCUCCUCCGGCCCCUCCAUCAAGGACAAAUAUGUCACUGCCCUCUACUUCACCUUCAGCAGCCUCACCAGCGUGGGGUUCGGCAACGUGUCACCCAACACCAACUCCGAGAAGAUCUUCUCCAUCUGUGUCAUGCUCAUCGGCUCUCUGAUGUACGCCAGCAUCUUUGGGAACGUCUCUGCCAUCAUCCAGCGCCUGUACUCGGGCACCGCCCGCUACCACACGCAGAUGCUGCGGGUCAAGGAGUUCAUCCGCUUCCACCAGAUCCCCAACCCCCUGCGCCAGCGCCUGGAGGAGUAUUUCCAACACGCCUGGUCCUACACCAACGGCAUCGACAUGAACGCGGUGCUGAAGGGCUUCCCCGACUGCCUGCAGGCAGACAUCUGCCUGCACCUCAACCGCACGCUGCUCCAGAACUGCAAGGCUUUCCGAGGAGCCAGCAAGGGCUGCCUCAGAGCCCUGGCCAUGAAGUUCAAGACGACUCACGCCCCGCCCGGGGACACCCUGGUGCACUACGGAGAUGUCCUGACCACGCUCUACUUCAUCUCCAGGGGCUCCAUCGAGAUCCUCCGGGAAGACAUCGUGGUGGCCAUCCUAGGGAAGAACGACAUCUUCGGGGAGCCCAUCAGCCUCUACGCCCGCCCAGGGAAGUCCAACGCCGACGUGAGGGCCCUGACCUACUGCGACCUGCACAAGAUCCAGCGCGAGGACCUGCUGGAGGUCUUGGACAUGUACCCAGCCUUCUCUGACAACUUCUGGAGCAACCUGGAGAUCACCUUCAACCUGCGAGAUGCAGACAGCGUUCCCCGCUCCCCCCUCAGCGAGGACUACGACUGCACCUACCGCCGGGCCCGGCGGCGCAAGCACUCGCCCUGCCCGCCCAGCAAGCCCGACCCAGACACAGGCAUUUCUGAUGCAGAGCAGUAUCACACCUACUCAGAGCUCACCAACCCGCAGGACCCGCUGAGUAAGGACCAGUGGGACGACGCGGGCAGCAGCACCUCUCCCUGCUCCCAGACCAGUGACGACGAGGCCAAGACCGGCAGCCCUGUGAAAGCUGAGCCCUUCCCCACGCCCAAAAAGGAUGAGCUCGCCCUGCCCUCGCUCAGCCUCGUCACCCCCAGCGCCGACAACGCGGAGGUUGGGAAGCAAGGAGCAGAGAGCAGCCAGUCCUAUGCAGCCACCCCCCUGGACAUCCCCAACAUGUUCACCUUCUGGGAGGACCGGCGGCCGAACCCUGCCCCGGAGCCCCUGCAGCACAUCUCCCUGGUGCAGAGCUCGCGGGACGUGCCCCUGCCCGGCGACUGCAGACCGGGGCAGAUCGAGUCCAGGCUGGAGCUCCUGCAGGCCCAGCUCAGCAGGCUGGAGUCCAGGAUGUCAUCAGACAUCAGUAUAAUCCUGCAGCUCCUGCAGCGCCAGCUGUCCCAAGUGCCACCCGCGUACAGCCCCAUCUCGCCGUCCUCCCAAAACCUGGCCAUGUACGGGAUCCUCCCGCGGAGCCUGGAGCCCCUCGCCCCCUGUGCACCUCUGGAGGACGAGGAGACGGCGACCCAGGAGCAGAGCCCGAGCUACACGGAGGUAGAAAAGUUCCACUUGAAAUCCAGGGACUCCUUGUCAAGCGGGAUGCACCUCUCCGGGUCAUCCGACAAAACCAUGACAGUCCACUCGGAGCAGGAGCAGCACUCCCCGCCUCUCCCGAGCCCAGAGCCCCCCCACCAAAGGGCACCAAGCACCCAGGGACUCUUGCGGGGCUCUCGCUUCCCUUCCCUCCCUGAGCACUUGGAGGCACCUUCCGAGCACCAGGACAUUCAGAGACACCUCUCCGACCCAGUGCUUCCUGGAAGUUAGAGACUGCAAGGCAAGUCAGGAGGAACCUCAACUGCAGGCUGGGUCAGUUGAUGUCGAUUUUGACUGCAAGGGUAAGACAUUGGACAAUGCCAUUGGCUCAGGGGUAUAAUUUGUAGCUGUCUUCUGCCACCGUGAAAGGAAGCGUAGCGUGGCUGGAUUCCAAGGUCGACGUUUUCCAGCGGUUCCCAAUAGAGUAGGUUUCAUUUGCACAUUAUAGUGAACCCAGAACAGCUCUUUCAGCCACCAAGGAGCUGGUUAGGCCAAAAGGUACCCACCGCCUCGUCCUUGCCAAGGCUUCCUCUCAAGAAUGGCACAAGCCAAGCGACCACAGGAGGGCAAAUCCAUGGCUCUUGGCUGUGCUGGGAGCUCUCUGGAGCAGGGACCAUGGGUUGGUACCAGGCUAAGCCCAGCAGAGCCCACAGGUGCUGCAGAAAGAGUGGUCAGCACAGGAGGAGGGGGAGAUCUCCACGGUGUGGUCCGUGGGGAGCUGCAGGAGGGAAGCCAAGGGCAAGGACAGAGGGCAGAAGCUUGUCCUACUUGACUGCCACUGAGAAACUAAGGGCCGACAGCUCCUGCCACUGCAAUGCUUCAGCACGAGUCCCACAGGGCACUGACUCCUCCAGCGAGGCCGAUCACGCCUCGCAAACCCCCCCAACACCUCCCACACCUCCCCAGACAAAUCCAACCGGUCACCGGCCUGGGCGUAAAGCACAAAACUCAAAAGCACAAUCCCAGAGAGCUGAAAAGCCCCGGACGCCUCCUGUCCAGCCCUCCCCGCCAGCUUCUCUCUUUUGAUAAAGGUUUGAUAGGUGCUUCCUCCCGGCCAGCCCCUCUCCUGGCAGCAUUCCCGUAGGAGAAGCCCACGUAGCGCCGCCGCCUUCGCCGCUCGGGUAGAUGCUGUGACAGUCCUAGGCCGCCAGCUCAAGUCAUGUAUCGAGCUCCCUUCCAGAGUAGUCAAACUGUGAGCA